UUUAGAAAAAUAGAGGUAUUGAAGAAGUGGUUGGCUUAACCAAGGGCGUAGAGAUGGCCACCUCGUCUCAAAACACUGCUACCUUGGAUUAGAACCCUCUGGAAAAACUGGUCAAGGUGAUUGGCAACAAAGCACUUAAAUUCAUUGAGAAAACAAGAGUCCAGGGGAUUCAAACCACUGAAAUGCAAAGAACUGAUGGCAAGGAUGAAGAGGUCAUUGUUUGGAAAUACCCAGAGGAAAAGGUGGCUGAGCUGGAUGAUUUGCACGAAAGGCAUGGAGUGGUGUUUAACUUUGCACGCCACGGGGCAGAUCUUCAGCUGACAGAGAAGAGAAAAUGGGUCAUAGAUACUAUCAGAAAGGAACCGAGACUCGAACAAAUUGGAGAAGCCUUCACCUUGCAAAAUCUGGGUCACAAUAACAUUAUGGCACUGUUCAUUCAUGAAGAUCACGCACGGAUUGCAGCCGAGAUGCAGUCUAGAAACUGCAACGGAUCAGUGUGCACUAUCACAAAAUGGAAGAAACUUACUGUACAGAGACAAAACCCUGUCUUCAUAGUAUCGUACAGACAGACUCUGCUAAAAGAGAACUUAUGGGUCCGGUUCGACAAUAUUCAGCCGGGUUUCCAUGGAUUGCUGGUGGACAGACUGGAGAGACAGUACACAGCAAACAAGAUCCUCAAAUGGAUCUUACCGACCCCAAAAUUCCUGGCUCCGCACUGCGGGUCUAUGACAGUUGUGUUAGAGGUUAAGAUAGACGACCCCUCGGUUUUCCCACCAACAUGGAAAUUGCAGAUUGAGAACAGAGUAGUGGAAGUGAGGGUGUCGACCAAGACCUCCCCGAUCUGCUUCAGAAGCAGGAAGCGGGGCCACAUGGGAACAGGCCCCAACUGUCCGAAGUUCCCAAAACAGUCAAAAGAGAAGAAACUUUUGCCCAAUAUGCUAGUGGAAGUGGAAGAUGCUCCGGGUACAUGGUUCGUCGCAGACUCCAACUAUGAUGGAUACGUUAGAAAAGUUGAUGAGUGGCAGAUAGCCAUUGAUGUGUCCUUCAAAAUCCCGAUGUUCGUCGAAGGCCAGAAUGUGGUAAACAUCCUUCAAGAGAAGGUGACUGCGGAAAGCCCUUGCGACAUAUUCAAGACUGUUCCGCCGGAAUCGGACCAGGAUGACAUCCUCUCCCAAGAUGGUCAAGACGAUCAGCUGACACGAGGAACGGAGUCCAGGAGACACUCUCCCCGAGCGUUCUCACCCUUGAUAGCUAAGAUGCCUCAAAAGACGCAGCUGAAGACCGGAAUGAUUUGGAAACUGUGGAAAACAGUGACAAUUGUUCCUUACAACAUAUUGGCAGGAUUGGGUGUCUCAACGGAACUAGUGGCAGCGUCGGUGGCCCACCUUGCUUCCAUGGGGAUGCUGGAUGGGGAUGACGACCUGGAUGCAAGAGCGUAUGUCACAAACUGGGACAGAUUCUAUAGAAGCGAUGAGUCGGAAGGCCAGCCGGAACCAUGGGACGGGGACGACGAGAAGGAAGGCGAGGGGCUGAGCCUAAAUUCGGGGAAGGAUAUGAGCGAAAACGAAGGGCUAGACAAGAUAGACGAUCCCGACGAAAAGCCGGUUACAACAAUGGGGCAUGACACGUUGGGGGUCGAUUCAGGGGACACGGCGGUGGGGAUGGACACGAGCGGGUUUCCCCCCUCCUAGAUUCCCUGUCCCAACUAUACGAUGGCUGCGACUUGCUUUGAACAGCGGCAAAGAUGGAGGAUUUCAAAAGAGUGGCCAAUGUGGGGGCAGAUCGUGGGGCCUGGAAGAAUCAAGGGAUAGUUAAUAG